AUGGAGGAAAAAGUAAAAGUUGUUGUCAAAUGGAGUGGUAGAGAAUUUGAAAUAUCUAAUUUAUCACCCAAUGAUACCGUUGAAAAAUUAAAAGAUGCUAUUUUUAGAGAGACUGGUGUACGUCCUCAUAGGCAAAAACUUCUUAAUCUUAAAUAUCGAGCUAAACCUGCUGAAGAUUCGUGUAAAAUGUCUGCAUUGAAUUUGAAACCCGGAUUUAAAAUAAUGAUGAUGGGUUCACUCGAAGACGACAUAACUCAAGUCAAUACGAUUCCACAGGGAAUACCAGAUGUUGUCAACGAUUUAGACAUUGAAGAUGCUGAGGUUGCUAUAGAAAAUAUGGAGGUACAUCUUUCUAAAAUAGAAAAAAGAAUAAAAGAAUAUGAAAUUACAGAAAGAAGUGAACCGAGAGAAGGGAAAAACUUAUUGGUUCUAGAUAUUGAUUAUACAUUAUUCGAUCAUAGAUCUGUGGCUGAAAGUGGAGCUGAAUUAAUGAGACCUUAUUUACAUGAAUUUUUAACUUCUGCCUACGAAGAUUACGAUAUAGUUAUUUGGUCUGCGACAAGUAUGAAAUGGAUCGAAGAAAAAAUGAAAUUGUUAGGAGUGUCGACUCAUACGGAUUAUAAAAUAUUAUUUUAUCUCGAUAAUUUGGCAAUGAUAUCCGUUCACACUCCCAAAUACGGAGUCAUAAACGUGAAACCGUUAGGAUUGAUAUGGGGUAAAUAUCCGCAGUACUCGACGAAAAAUACAAUAAUGUUCGACGAUAUAAGAAGAAAUUUCAUAAUGAAUCCAAACAACGGUUUAAGAAUCAAAGCAUUUAGACAAGCACAUUUAAAUCGUCAAACGGAUACGGAACUCCUUAAAUUAUCCCAAUAUUUAAAAGAUAUUAGCAUGUGCGAAGAUUUUUCCGUACUCGAUCACAGGCAUUGGGAAAAAUAUUCGAAAAAAAAAAGAGAAGGAAAAAUAUGA